AAGUGGAACAGGCAAGACCCACACAAUAAAUUCACAAAACUCCACUUGCAAAAUAGCAAAAUGUGGAAAUGGAAACUGUUGGGUAACGUGUUGCUUGUAAACCACGUGACGCCAAUUUAACCAAUGACUGUACAGCUGUACAGUUUUGUUUUGUUUUGCGUUAAAGUUCAUUUCUCUCCCCCUUUGUUUUCGGGUCAACGUUAUUUAUAAACAGAAUAUACAAUCAAAGCUGUUUUUUUUUCUAGAAUUAGAGCGCAAUAAUGACGUCAACAAAAGUACAUUUUACAUCGUAACAAGCCACAAAGAACCAAAAGAAGAAAAGACGGGGAAUUUAUAGAACUAUAUUUAUGUAAAACUAGAUCACAUAUAUAGUUGAGUUUACAAUACUACAGAUAAAUAGGGACGAGAAAUACAUUUUAAAACGUUAACUGGACCCUGGUUUCUUGAGCAGGAAUGUGAAAUCACAAUUCUUAAAUUUUCGAUUUACGCCGUAGAGUCGCACAAAGACUUCCUGGACACAACCGACGUUUGUCCAAGUGGAGUUGCCGUACUACACGCUGCUAACCUAAACACACGGGCUUCAUAAAAUUCUUCCCAAAUGAGUGCGAUGUGAAGCAUCGGAAGGCAACGGCCAUCACUCCGUUGCUGGACUAAAACAUCAAAAAUCCAAUUUAUAUUUCGUUAUCUCGAUGCACGGCGAACUUUCUCGCGCACAGCUAGCUUAACUUAGCUAGCUAGCCGCUAAGAAAGAGACGCGUUCGUGAGCAACGCGAUUCCUUCACCACGUGGGAGUACAACACGUUUGCAGUAUCGUGCGAAAAUGGGUACAAGAGAGACAGCGGAGUGCAAGGAGGAACUUUCUGGAACAAAGGAGGAGACGGAGACACAACUUGUACAAGUGGACGCGGUGUUCAAACCGCCUGGAGCAGAUGUGUUUUUGUGUUCUGGUGCAGACGUCAGUCAAGAUCGUCGUCCUAAGCAGCCGGAGUCAGCGUCUCCUCUCAUUAAAAAGGAGGAGGAGAAGGAAGAGGACGAAGGGUUCUUUUGUGUUAAAGUGGAAGAUGAGGAUGAGGAGCACCUCAUUAAAGAGGAAGAGCUACCCCAGCCACCUGACAUUAAAGAAGAAAAGGAAGAUGCGCUUAUCAAUUUGCCAUUGAUGGGUGUCCCAUUCGAUGGUGAGAAUGAUGAAGGUCAAGGUCAGGAGACCAAAGGGGCGGAGCCUCCAAGCAGCACCAACAGUCAACACAACAGGUCAAGUUGUCAUGCGUUGUCAAGGCAACACGUGACGACAGAAGGCGAUCAAGGAUCACAAGCAGGAAGCCUCUUAGCGGCGCUGUCGGAUAGUGACGACAUAACGUCACGCUCUCACGACGAUGAGAGUGAUGAACCCUCUCGAGGUGAUCUCGCAUGCCACGCCGACAACAAACGCUGGGAAUGUUCUCAGUGUGGCAAAACUUUUAGUUCAAAGGGAAAUUUGAAAGGACACGCGAGGACGCACACAGGAGAGAAACCUUUUUCCUGCUCUAUUUGCGGCAAAAGCUUUUCGAAAAAGGCACACUUGAAGCCGCACGCAAGGACGCACACUGGGGAGAAACCGUACGUCUGCCCCGUUUGCGAUAAAGGCUUCUCCGUAAAGAUAAGUUUAAUGAGACACGCGAGAACGCACGUGGGCGAGAAAACAUUUGCGUGCUCAAUUUGUGGGAAAAGAUUCUUUGAAAAGGCACACAUGGAACAACAUGCGAGAAUACACACUGGGGAGAAGCCUUUUGCCUGCUUAGUUUGUGGGAAAAGGUACAUUGGGAAGGGAAGUUUAAGAAAACAUGCAAUCACGCACGUUGGAGAAAAACCUUUUGCCUGCUCAGUUUGCGGUAAAAAAUUCAUUGAGAAGCGAAGCUUAAAAAACCACGCAAGAACCCACACUGGCGAGAAACCGUUUACCUGCUCAGUUUGCGAUAAAAGCUUCUCUAUAAAGGAAAGUUUAAGAAGGCACACGAGAAAACAUACAGGGGAGAAACCUUUUCCCUGUUCAGUUUGCGGCAAAAGAUUCUCUUUAAGAGGGAACCUGCGAACACACUUAAGAACGCACACCGGAGAGAAACCUUUUAGCUGUCCAAUAUGUUGUAAAAGAUUCUCUUUACGGGGAAAUUUACAAACGCACUUGGGAACGCACAAGAAACCGUUUGCGUGCUCAGUUUGUGGGCAAACGUUCGCUUUCAAGACAGAUCUGAUAACGCAUGCAAGAGCACACGCAGGAGAGAAACCUUUUCCCUGUUUGCUUUGUGGGAAAAGAUUCUCUAUGAAGUCAAAUUUAGCAAGGCAUUCAAGGACACACACUGGGAAGAAACCAUUCAGCUGUAACGUCUGUGCGAAAAGAUUUUCCAGCAUGAAUUAUGUUAAGAAACACAAGUGUUCUAGCGAGAAGAGCGGCGAUCAAUUAAUUGUUAAUUAGAUGAAGGAAAAGCCUGAAUAAAAUCAAAUACUUGACACUUGUCGUGUUUAUUUGCGUUGUAUCUUGUAAUUCUUGUCUUGAUUUGUUUGUGGGACGUGAAUUGAAGACUCUAAGUUGCCUAAAACCUUGAACGUGAGUGCGACUAACACUUGUUUGUUUCCACAUGCCCUGCGAU